CUCCACAACCACAACCACAACCACAACCACACCACUCUACCCUUCUCCCAACCCCUCCCCGUCCCCAGCCCCCAACCCCUUCCCUCCCCAAACUCAAACAACCAUGUCGUGUGUAUCGGGCAUGGUCCCUUGGGCUGCCAGCGUGGCCAUGGCCGGCUUUGAGCUCGGCCUCACUCCGGCCUUUGCCGCCCUCCGCAACGCCAUCCAGCCAUCGGUCUACGGCGAGUGGGACUACGAGAUUGAGCGCAGGUGGUCGCUGGCGGAGAUUGCUGCCGGCUUUGCCAUCUACCUACUUGUGGCCUACGCAGACGUGGCCAACACCUCGCUCGCCUCGCUGCUCCUCGGCGUGCCGCUGCCGGUGGCCUCGCCGGCACUCUCGCUCGCCCUCGCUCUCAACCUCGGCUACCUCGUUGCCCGCAUGGUGAUCGUCGGCAAGUCGUUUGCGGCUGGCACCUUUAGCUUCAACCUCCGAUCGAUCCCCACCAUGGCCCUCGAGGCGCUCGCCCUCGCCGGCCUGUUUGUCCUCGGCCCGGCCGGAGACUCGAGCACAGACUCGCCAUGCUGGCGCCUGUUGAUGAUUCUUGCCCACCGCCGGCUCUUCUCGCUUGUCAACUCGCUCCUCUACCUCCUCUCUAUCGAUGUCUCGCCGAUCAUCGCCCUCUCUCUCGAUGGCGCCCGCACCCUGGCCGUCGCUGACCAGUCUGCGUCCUUUGCCCCGUCCUCUCCGCCGCUGCUCAUGGCUAUCUACCUGCUCUACUUUGCCAUCUCUGCCCAUGCUACAUGGCUCUCCUACCAGCGCUGCCGUCGCAGCCAGUAGCCAGCCACUGUGGCUUGCGCCGUGACAAUUCCUGCGCUUCCAAUCGAACGCUCGACAGCG